UCCUCCUUCUGCUUCUCGUGCACAAGAUGUACGCUCAGCAGCACCACCACCACCACCACCAUCCGUCUGCAGCGGUGCAGGUGCAUCCCCGGCAGUACUACCAGCACCUGCAACACCAGCAGCAGCUCCAACAGCAGCAUCAGCAGCAGCAACAGCAGCAGCAGCAGGCGCUUCCGACGCUGCCGUUUCGCAAGAGCCCCGUCGAGCUGUUUAUGUGCUGGCUGAUUCUCGGCUGGCUCGGCGCGCACCACUUCUACCUGGGUCGCAUCCGCUGGGGCUUUGUGUACUUUUUCACGCUCGGCCUGCUGGGCGUGGGCUGGGUGGUCGAUCUCUUCCGCCUUCCGUCGCUCUACAAGGAUGCCAAGAUCGAGCACGAGCACCGUGUCGCGCGCGAAAUUGUCCCAGAGCCACAGACAAGCCUCCUGUUUGCCUACAUUCUAUGGCUCAAUCCGCUUGGAGUGCUCGGCGCCCACAUGUUCUACGUUGGCAAGCCGCUCUGGGGGUUUAUCUACUUUUUCACCUUUGGCCUGCUGGGCGUCGGCUGGCUGACCGACCUGUUCAUGCUGCCCCACUUGGUGCGCGAGGCCAACUCGGAGCGGCGCAAGGAACAAUACAAGGCAAUGAUGGACGCGACCUGGGCUUUCCCCAAAGAAUCCUCCUUUGCCAUCUCCAUGGCGCUCGAGUCGUCCUCGGAAAAGACCGUUUGGGAGACUGCCAAGUUGACCCUCUCGCCCCUGGGCAUGCUCGGCCUGCACCACCUGUAUCUGGGACGUGUCGGCUGGUUCUUCUUGUACCUUUUCACCUUUGGUCUGCUUGGUGUCGGCUGGCUGGUCGAUUGGUUCCGCAUCGUUUGGCUUGUGCGCAACGCCAACUCUGGAGCCGCUCGCCGGCAGCGCAUCUGGCUCCACGAAGCGUACAUGCUGUGGUUCCCCAUGGGCUUCCUUGGCCUGCAUCACUUCUACCUGCGCCGUCACUGCUGGGGUCUCGUGUACUUGCUCACGUUUGGCGGCUUUGGAUGCUUCUGGCUGGUCGAUUUGUUCCGUUUGCCGUCCCUGGUCCGCGCAGCCGUGGAAGACGACGAAUUGCUCCAGCAGAUUCUGAUUGUGGCGAAUUCCGAGCAGGGCACCUUUGCGCACUAUGGCACGACGCCAGCAGCCCCUUCUGCAGCGCCGUCGCAAUCUCUGCCUCAGAGUCAACUUCGGAGCCCCUCGCCACCUCCGGCAUACACUGACGCUGUUGCUAUGGGAAGUGCCUCCAUGGCCACCGCUGUUGAAGCCUCGUCGGCACUGUUAUUGCCGUCCGCUCCCAUUCUGGACAAAUCGACACCGUGCAGCACAGCGCCCAUACUCGACGAGCCCCUCACGAAUCCUCCGUCGUCCAGCGAACCAUACAUGGCGCCCGCGAACGCGGCACCCAGUUUUGACCGUUGCAUGCAUUGCUACGAGCGCCCAGUUGCGACAGUUGCCCAGCCUUGUGGCCAUUCUGCGCUCUGCAGCUCUUGUGCCACGAUCGCCAGCACGCAGCUGGACAACCGCUGCCCUGUGUGCCACCAACUGGUGAUCAAACAUGUUGCGCUGUAACCCCUUUCCGUCAUAAAAAGUUCUGUCUUGAGUUGAAGAGUCGAGUGUUGUUUGUGAAUGGUUGCUGUUGGCGAACCAUCAUUCUUUUUUCCUUGUACCUUUUUUUUUUUCGUGGAACAACAUGUAAUUUUCGUGGAACAACAUGUCAUACAAGUCGAACGACUGGCCACAGAUCCUGACACAACGAC